AAAAUGGCCAAUUCUUCUGUUGUGCUGAUCUGUAUAUAAAACCCAGAUUUCAUCAAUAUAACAGUGACUCACGUCUAUCAAAAUUUCAUCCAAUUCGGUACAAUCGAAAAAGUAUUGUCUAAUACCAUUCAUAGAUACUUAUCUUUGAGCGAAAUAAGCCAAUUUGGAAGGCCUUGGUCCAGUUCGACAGUGUCCGUUCAGCUUUGAAUGCGCUUCAAUUAAAUAAUACAAUCAUGCAUGGACUUUCGAUAUUGGUUUAUGAGUCCAAUCGCAAGGGCCUUGACUUUUAAGCUCGUAAUCAAUAUGCCAGAUGUACAUUUAUUACCCUUAUUAAGAGAUUACACUGCCUAGCAAGUUUAGGGCAUAGUGCAUUCAACUGAGUUGCCAAAGACCGACUUGAUAAACAAAUGGCUCCCUCAUUCUUAAAUGUUGCCACCCUAAACUGGAAUGCCUCCCAUACCAACUUAGUUUGCAGAAGCUCUGAACUUUGACAAGGCAGACGGCUCAUCUGAUUAUGAUUCUCAGGAAGAAGCAACUGAAGAUAAAUAAGAAGAAUUGUAAAAUUUUUGUGAAUUAUUUCUUAAUAAAGGUCUAAUCAAUUUGUAAAGUGCAUGGGUGACAAUUUAACCUAACUUUUUCAGUUCUCACCAGGCCAACGCAUUUCCACUUCAUAACAACUACCAAACAGCAUUCAAGUAGAAAAAUAGAUCUUUCAAUCUGAAGUUCUUCCAUAAAGUAAUUCUGAUCAUUUCUAUCUAGAAAAAUUGAUUACAAAGGUACUCUAUGCCAACUGGUUUGAUCCCAAGCAAACAUCCAUGACGAUGAUUUAUAAUAUAUUUAGUACUUUUGGAAACAUCUAAAAGAUGAUCUUCUUUAAGACUAAAUGCAACGUCUUAAUCGAAUAUUCAACAGAGGUUAGCGUUAAAUUCCUAUUGACAAAUUUCAAUGAAGGAAACCCAACUCUUUUUGGUUAAAAAUUGAAAGUACUCCCUUACAAUUAAUCUAGGUAUACCCUUCCAAUUAUGAAUUUAUAUUCUUCAGAAAUUGUGAAGAAGGCUAAUUGCCAAAGAACACAGAAGAAGAAGAGUUUUAUUUGGGAAAUGAGGCAUCAUUCAGAUACAAAGAUAAUAAUUUCAAAUAUCUUGUCUCGCCUUCUUAACAAAUAAUGUUGACAAAUUUGAAAAAAGAAUUCUGCGAAGAAGGCAUCAUUUAUCAAACUUUUUCGAAAUUUGGUUAAAUUGAGAAAAUAAAGUAAGAGGUUUUGUUUAAUUUAGAAUAUUUUGUGAAGAAAAAAAUAAAAAUAAAUGUUUGAUCAAGUAUUAAGAAUUAGAUUCAGCGAUCCAAGCUAUGGCAAUCAUGCAUAAUUAUGAAUAUAACAAAAGGAAAAUCUAGAUUUUUUUUUCCAAAAAUAAAACAUGA